CUUUUUAUUCCUGAUGAUCUUUUCAUGUGGGCGCUGCUUUGAGGGAGGUAACAUGGUAAAGGGAUUGUUUUCCAGAAGUCUGGAUUUCUGAGUAAUCCCUUUGAAUAAUUUUGUCGGCUUGACUGCUUAUAUAGUUGGGAUAGAAUGACAAAGUUUUCAAGCAUCCAAAGAAAUCAUUUCAGCGUGGGAGGCUCCACGGACCCAUGUUGUGUGCUCUAGGCAUAGCCAAAGCCACAUCUUUGGGAAAAGAUAGUGAUUGGUGAUUUAGAUAAAAAUGUAAUGGACAGUUUAGACCCUCUGUCCAAAACCAGUCAGUGGAUGGACUGCCAGUCAGUGGAUGGACAGAUUCUGCUCCGAAGUCCUUAUCAGCCCUUGGCAGAAUGGGAACAGUAAGGACAGCCGGGGUUCGUGCAAACUUGCAAACAUGUUCACCGUUUCUCAGACCUCGAGAGCGUGGUUCAUCGAUAGAGCCCGUCAGGCUCGGGAGGAAAGGCUGGUGCAGAAGGAGCGGGAGCGGGCGGCCGUCGAGAUCCAGGCCCAUGUUCGCAGUUUCCUAUGUCGGAGGCGACUGCAGAGAGAGAUCCGGAGAGAGAUCGAUGAGUUUUUUAAAGCUGAUGACGUGGAGUCCAGUAAAAGAAGCGCACUUUGUAUUUUUAAGAUUGCCAGGAAACUGCUGUUCUUGUUCAGAAUUAAAGAGGAUAAUGAGAGAUUUGAGAAGUUGUGUCGCUGCAUCCUGAGCAGCAUGGAUGCUGAGAACGAACCCAAGGUGUGGUAUGUGUCCUUGGCUCUUUCCAAGGAUCUCACCCUCCUGUGGAUUAAACAGAUCAAACACAUUCUUUGGUGUUGCUGUGAGUUUCUUGAGCAGCUCAAGCCUGAAAUCUUACAGGACUCCAGACUCAUCACGCUGUACCUCACAAUGCUUGUCACCUUCACAGACACUUCAACAUGGAAAAUCCUCCGCGGAAAAGGGGAGAAUCUUCGGCCAGCCAUGAACCACAUCUGUGCGAAUAUAAUGGGACAUCUCAACCAGCAUGGAUUCUAUCCUGUGCUGCAGAUGCUGUUGACCCGUGGCCUGGCAAGACCCCGGCCUUGUCUGUCCAAAAGCACUUUAACUGCGACCUUUUCUCUCGCACUGCGCCCUGUGAUUGCUGCACAAUUUUCAGACAGUCUGCUUCGGCCAUUCCUCAUCCACAUCAUGUCUGUGCCUGCUCUCGUGACUCACCUCAGCACAGUGACCCCUGAGCGCCUCACUGUUUUAGAAUCUCAUGACAUGCUUCGUAAAUUCAUCGCAUUUUUAAGAAACGAAGAUCGAUGCCGUGACGUAUGUGAAAGCUUAGAAGGAUGCCAUACGCUUUGUCUAAUGGGCAACCUUCUGCAGUUGGGCUCCCUCAGCCCCAAGGUGUUAGAGGAAGAGACGGAUGGGUUCGUGAGUUUGCUCACCCAGAUGCUGUGCUACUGUCAGAAGUACGUGUCCCAGAAGAAAUCCAACCUGACGCACUGGCACCCCGUCCUCGGCUGGUUCUCCCAAUCUGUGGACUAUGGCCUUAACGAGUCCAUGCCCUUGAUCACCAAACAGCUGCAGUUCCUGUGGGGGGUGCCUCUGAUCCGGAUCUUCUUCAGUGACAUCCUGAACAAGAAGCUUCUGGAGAACCAGGAGCCAGCCCACGCGCAGCCGGCAUCCCCCCAGAACGUGCUUCCCGUGAAGAACCUCCUGAAGCGCGCGUUUCAGAAGUCCGCAUCAGUUCGGAAUAUUCUCAGGCCUGUUGGGGGUAAGCGUGUGGACUCUGCGGAGGUCCAGAAGGUCUGCAACAUCUGCGUCCUCUACCAGACCUCGCUGACGACUCUGACCCAGAUCCGGCUGCAGAUACUCACAGGACUCACUUACCUUGAUGACCUGCUCCCCAAACUGUGGGCGUUUAUCUGUGAGCUGGGGCCCCACGGAGGGUUAAAGCUCUUCUCGGAGUGCCUCAACAAUGACACCGAAGAGUCCAAGCAGCUCUUGGCCAUGCUGACGCUGUUCUGUGACUGCUCCCGGCACCUCGUCACGAUCCUUGACGACAUCGAAGUUUACGAAGAACAAAUUUCAUUCAAACUGGAAGAGCUGGUCACCAUCUCCUCUUUCCUGAACUCCUUUGUGUUUAAGAUGAUCUGGGAUGGGAUCGUAGAGAACGCCAAGGGGGACACCUUGGAGCUGUUCCAUUCUGUCCACGGCUGGCUGAUGGUGCUGUACGAGAGGGACUGCCGGCGGCGCUUUGCCCCCGAGGACCACUGGCUGCGAAAGGACCUCAAACCUAGCGUGCUCUUCCAAGAACUGGACAAGGACAGAAGACGGGCGCAGCUGAUCCUGCAGUACGUCCCUCAUGUCGUUCCCCACAAAAACAGAGUUCUCCUGUUCCGAAACAUGGUUACCAAGGAGAAGGAGAAACUGGGGCUCGUGGAAACCAGCUCAGCCUCUCCCCACGUCACCCACAUCACAAUCCGACGGUCUCGCAUGUUGGAGGAUGGCUACGAGCAGCUCCGGCAGCUGUCCCAGCACGCCAUGAAGGGCGUGAUCCGUGUGAAGUUCGUCAAUGACCUCGGGGUGGACGAGGCCGGCAUUGACCAGGACGGUGUUUUCAAGGAGUUCCUGGAGGAAAUCAUCAAGAGGGUGUUCGACCCGGCACUCAAUCUGUUCAAGACAACCAGCGGGGACGAGAGGCUGUACCCUUCACCCACGUCCUACAUUCAUGAGAACUAUCUACAGCUCUUCGAGUUUGUGGGCAAGAUGCUGGGGAAGGCUGUGUAUGAGGGAAUUGUGGUGGACGUGCCCUUCGCCUCCUUCUUCCUGAGCCAGCUGCUCGGGCACCACCACAGUGUCUUCUAUAGCUCCGUGGACGAGCUUCCUUCACUGGACUCAGAGUUCUACAAAAACCUCACUUCUAUUAAGCGUUACGAAGGGGACAUCGCUGACCUGGGCCUGACUCUGUCGUACGAUGAGGACGUCAUGGGUCAGCUCGUUUGCCAUGAACUGACUCCUGGAGGGAAGACCACGCCAGUUACGAAUGCAAAUAAGAUUAGCUACAUCCAUCUGAUGGCCCACUUUCGAAUGCACACUCAGAUCAAAAACCAGACAGCUGCCCUCAUUAGCGGGUUCCGUUCCAUUAUCAAGCCCGAGUGGAUCCGGAUGUUCUCGACCCCCGAGCUACAGCGUCUCAUCUCCGGUGACAAUGCUGAGAUUGACCUGGAAGAUUUAAAGAAGCACACGGUGUACUACGGUGGGUUUCACGGAAGUCACAGGGUCAUCAUCUGGCUCUGGGAUAUUCUGGCCUCUGACUUCACACCUGACGAGAGAGCCAUGUUUCUGAAGUUUGUGACCAGCUGCUCCAGGCCCCCGCUCCUGGGAUUCGCCUACCUCAAGCCUCCUUUUUCCAUCCGCUGUGUUGAAGUGUCAGACGAUCAGGACACCGGGGACACCCUCGGCAGUGUCCUCCGGGGCUUCUUCACCAUCCGCAAGCGGGAGCCAGGCGGCCGCCUGCCCACAUCCUCCACCUGCUUCAACCUGCUCAAGCUGCCCAACUACAGCAGGAAGAGCGUGCUCCGCGAGAAGCUGCGCUAUGCCGUCAGCAUGAACACGGGCUUCGAGCUUUCCUAGCUCCCGCGCCCGCCCCCACCCUGGCCGACUCCUGGCGUCCCGGGCCCUUCGGCUCCGGGGGUAGUGGCGCCCUGGGAAAGUGACCACAAGCCAGGUGACCUCUCGCUCUCUAUAGCCAUGAGAUUCCCCUGUGGCCUCAACAACUUGGGACGCACGUGACAACUCCAUAGCAUUCCCUAGGUGACACUGAUGGGAAGGGUGUUGAGAAUAAACCUCCAAGUUCCGCCAGCGCUGCUCCUUUUCUCCUACUUUCCGGGGGCCUGUGACGCAGAGGGCCUUCUUCUGAUGGUUUGGUUUCUCGGUGAGUCUUUUCUUUCCCUAACUCUGAGCUGCGUAUGAACAAGUCCCAAGAACUCCCAAGGUCCAGAGUGUUUUUCAUGACACGGGCCCGAGUGCGCAAAGCCCACUACAGGUGAGACGCUCUCCUUCCGUUUCCGAAAACUCUUUACUCAGGUAAGGCCUCGCCAAGCCUCUAUGCACUCGACAAAGUCUCUGCCCCUCCGGGCCACAGCAGCCUCUCUCCAGACCGCCAGGCUCACCUGCUGCCCAGGGAAGCAGCGGUGCCCGCCAAGGAGGCCGUGGAGCCCAGGAAGUUCAGGGCGCUGCCCCCACCUCGAAACCACGCAUUCCACACAGCGGCAGUGCCCCUUCCCCUGUCUCGCCUCAGAUGCUGUGCACACUCAGCAGGCUGAGCGGCCGGGAGGCUUCCACUGGCUUGACCCCAUCUUGUGCACUCACUUUGGCAUCUGGCUUUGGGGGAAAAAAAACCCUUGGCCCUUAAGAGCAACUCUGUUUCCAGAAGGCUCUGGCUGUUCCCCCAAACCUGCUGAUUCCUAAGAGGGCGGCUGCCUUCUCCCCGCUGGUGUGCCCUACUUGUUGUCUAGUAAGGAACAAGCACUAGCCAAGUUACCCAGCCUGUCCGGGCAGUGACUUUCCACCAUUGAUGAUAAAGUUGCAAAACAAACAAACAAAAAAACCUUGGAUCUUACCGCUCAUCUAUCCUCAACGCAGGGAACCGGGAGCCCUUUCCCUGAUGGAGGCUCAAAGGGCUGAGGAAACUCUGAGUUGGGGUUUGGGGUUUUGUUUUUUUUACUUCAUUUUCUCUUCCAACCCGUUAUGCCCCCUCCCCCCGCCCUCAUUCCCACCCCUUGUCCUGAGAACUUUAGUCUAGAUCCAGGGACUUGAGACGGAGGCCGUGACUGUGGCCUGUGUUGACAGCCAUCCACCCUCACCCACCCCGUCAAGCUCCUUACGCAUCCCUACCACCAAGGUAGAAGCCGGGAGUGCCUGGACCCUCCUCUGCUCUGUGGAGCCGGCUGAGGGCUGACAGCUCUCUUCCAAGCAGCAGAGCACCUUCCGGCAUGCUGGUGGCAAAGCGGGCAAGACCUGUCUCCAUGGCCUCCAUCAGAGGGUCACAGCUGGGUACCACGUCCUGCUCGGGUUCGACCCUGGCUCUCUUAGAGCCCCUGCACUUCUGGAGAACAGAGUUUUCCUUUGAUGGAAAGACGGCAAGGAAUCUAAAGACAGACAGGAAUUUGUUAUUUAAGAUUUGUUAGUAACCUCUAGAUCUAUGGAUUUGCCACUUUAAAUAACCCGACUCUCCUAAAGCUCUCCUCGGAAUGCGUGCAGGUGCACUGAGCAGGUUUGUACGUUUAUGCUGCGGCCCAGAUUGUCCACCUGCACAAAGACGUGUGAUUCCCCCUCAGCUUUUAUUACCUGAGAAUCCGCCAGCGUGGGACUGGGGAGAGAGUGGUUUCCAAGCACCAACGUCAACUUUAUUUGUUCUUUUGAUGAGGAGGGGUAGUUUGUGAUUUCGUUUAAAUUCUCUUCAACAGCUGGAAAUAUUGCACUAUCUAAAACCCUGCAUCUGUACGUUUAUGGCUGGUGUUCGUGGACACCUCGAUGGCUCUUGAUGGCUCUAAAAAGUUGUGGCAUUUUUUUGUCAUUGUUGUUUCAUAGAUAACCUAGAGAUUAAAACGUGAUCAAAGGCUUUAUUAAAUUUGUACUUCAGCACAUGA